UUCUAUACAUAAGUAAAACUAACGUAUUUCAAAUGAAGCUUAGCCAAUAGCCAAGCCAAGCUAGAUCAACAUCGAUAACUUUGUUCAGGAAAUAAGUCAUUGUAUGUUAUUGCGAAAUUAAUACCAUAUGAAAGAUGUCUGCUGAAGUCGAACUACAAGAUACUUCUAACAAUAUCGAGUCCAUAGAAAAUACUCAACACCUGAAAGAACGUGCAGAACGAAAUCGUCAAAAAGCAUUGCUUUUAAAAAAAUCUAAGAUUGUUUCUCAUCCUUAUACAAAACGGGGAAGUAAAGAUUCCACAAACAGUAGAUCAAUAAAAGUCCAAGGACAACGUGUCAUAGACAGUGGAGGUGGUUUCCUUAUAGAAGAAAAUGAUGACUUAGAAGAGCAAAUGUUACAAAUAACAGCAGAACCUGCUCCUAUUGUUGCCAAUUUGCCUUGUUGCGAUGAGUGCAAAAAAGAGUUUAAGGACUCCAUUCUUUUGCAAACUUUUGAUUUAACUGUAUGUGAUAAAUGCAGGGAUCCUGAAGAAAAACAUUCGUUAAUUACAAAAACAGAAGCAAAACAAGAAUAUUUAUUGAAGGAUUGUGAUUUUGAUAGAAGAGAACCCCCAUUAAAAUGUAUCACAAGAAAGAAUCCUCACAAUGCAACUUGGGGUGAAAUGAAAUUGUACUUACAUUUACAAGUAGAACAAAGAGCUUUGGAAGUUUGGGGGUCGGAAGAAAAACUGUUAAUGGAGAAGGAAUUGCGUGAUAGUAGGCGGGAAGGGACUAAAAUUAAAAAAUUUAAUAAAAAGAUUAAAGAAUUGCGAAUGCAAGUUAGAAGUUCAAUAUAUGAUAAAACAAAAAAAGCAUCUCAUACACACGAAUUUGGGGAAGACACAUAUAACGAGGAGGAUGAUACAUAUACACACACCUGCAAUACUUGCGGUUACGAGGAAACAUACGAAAAAAUGUAAAUUAUAAAUGUGUAACAAACAUUGUAAAAAUAUUUUAUUAGGCUGUGUGCUACCAUAAUACCUGCUUCUUUUAUAUUAACAGAAGGCUAUUAAUGCAUGCAGAAUGUGUACAUGAUAUUGAAAGAAAAUCAAAAAUGAUCACGUGUCGUAUUAUUAAUUUAUUAUCAUUUAUUUUCUUAUUGUUCUUUUGAAAUAUUUUUAAUAGGAAUUUUAUACGUUUGUACUAAUAAAGUUUAUGUAUAAUGCAUUUAAAA